AUGACCCAGCCAUCUGGAACUGGCUUCGCGCCAAUCCGGCGAUCCGCGACAUUGCCUUCAAAGUUUAUUUCGGAAAGGCGACGAUUCAGUGAAACUUCUACUACCCAUGACAGAUUCGACCCCGUCCUCUUCUUCCACCCUUCCGCCAAAAUCGUCAAGUUCGCUCCCGAUGCGCCUCCUACACCGUCGCAAUUGGCGCCAUCUAUCGACUUUGACUAUCCGGUGGACACGAUCGAGACCCUACCGUGGCGAUCACCGGCGGAAAGAACUGUGGCUGUCGGGCGUUUGAGAUUGGAAAUCCCAACUGGCUUAUCUCCCUUCUUAAAAUGUGGAAAUGUCGUGCAGGCAAUUCUGAAGAAUUCACAAUGCUGGUGUGUUGACGGCAAAUCGACAUUCGUACUGCGCAUUCGAUCUUUGACUUAUUACCGUAUUGAGCUUCCAGACCAGACUCCGGAAGACGUGGAGUUAAUCGAGAAUUUCAAAACCGCUUUAGCCAAUGUUCUUCGCUAUGAAGUAACGCCCUGCCCUUUUCAGCGUGGUUUCAGUGUGCCGCUGCCGGCCGAGGCUCAUAUACCAAAGAAGAAAAGAGCUUGGCGCCCAAAACACCGACGCGAAAGUGCUCCGGCCGGGUCAGAGUCGGAUAAGACAUGGCCGGAUGCUGCAAAUGAAGGCGAGAAUGUGCAGCACGACAUGGUCGAUGUGUAUGAUGGUGACACUACCGACGACAGCGUUUCGACAACAACAACCAGCGUGCCACAUCUCGACUCUACCACAUCCGAAGACAUUCCGAUUAGUGAUACAGCAGAUGAUACGGAACUCACACUUAGCGCCCCUAAGCGAUCAAUAACAGAGCCGGCGCAUUCAGUCCAUGACAUGCUCGCUAGAUUCCAGCCGAUACCAGAAUCAGACAGCGAGGACGAUAGCAAAUCAUUUCAGUCUCUUUCACGUCAAGACUCAAACUCCCCCCCUUCACCAUCGCAUCUGAGUCAUCCAGCCUCUCCUUUUGAUGAUCAAUUGCCGAAUCUCACGCUUGCACAUCAGCGCUUACACAAUCAUAACGGAGAUAUUUCGGAGGCAACUAUAACAGCCGAAUCGCUAUCUACGUUCCAACCUACACCUAAUAAUGACCUAAUGGAGCCAGUUUCUACGACACAGGAACAGGCUGAGCCUAACCUGGAUCUUAAUAGCAUCUCUUCAUCUUCUUCCUCCCCCGAACCCGACUUUUCCGAUGCCGCCGCUACUCUUAGAACCGAAGUAGACGUAUUAUCUCCUAGUUACUCUACACCAGAUGGAAGAGAUAGUACCUUAUUGGAACUUGGCCAAACCGAAUCUCUCGAAAACCGGGAUCUCUUGCCUUUACUGCCUGCCUCUGAACACAAGUUUUUCGAUGCCAAUGCAACCCUUGCAACGGGAGCGGACGUACUAUCCCCGAAUUCCCCCACCGCAGACAGAAGGGACAGUAUUUUGAGAGAAUUGCGCCGGACUCGAUCCUUCAGAAAACGGGAUCUUUCGCCCCUUCCACCAGCUUCCACUUUAGAAUAUCUCGCACCUCGACCGUCGAAAAGCAUGACGACAUUGCUCUUCAACAAGGCUUGCUCUCUGGUGCUCAUUCUACCCUUACAGCUUCUCCUCUUCUUCAUUCACCUUGCAGCGCAGUUCGUAAGCGAGGACAGCGCACAAAGAGAUGCGUCCGACGCUCCCCGGAAAUCAACCAAUGAGAGUGAUGGAGAUGAGAACGACUUCAAGAUGCCCAAGACACCCGGUACAUUUCGUCGCUCUUUAUCUCUUGGAGACCCUAGCGAUGCCUUGUCUGAUCUCGAGUGA